CUCUAUAGUCUAUAUAAUACAUACAUAUACCAUAAACUUAUUGCUUCAUAUAUACAUACACUACUUAUUACUCUCUGCUUUCCAUCAUUUCCAUGGCUUAUAUCUUCACAUUACUCUUCUUUGUAAUCAUCUUUCCAAUCCUUCUUUUCCUUCACCGGAGGUCCCGGUACCGGCGGUUCCGACUGCCGCCGGGAAGCCUGGGGUUGCCCUUUCUCGGCGAGACUCUGCAGCUCAUAUCUGCCUACAAGACCGACAACCCAGAGCCUUUCAUUGACCAGAGGGUGAACCGGUACGGUCCAAUCUUUACUACUCACGUCUUUGGUGAGCCGACGGUUUUCUCUGCCGACCCGGAAACGAACCGGUUCAUUCUGCUGAACGAAGGGAAGCUGUUCGAUUGUAGCUACCCCGGUUCGAUAUCGAACCUCCUUGGGAAGCAUUCUCUGCUUCUCAUGAAGGGUGCCCUCCACAAGAGAAUGCACUCACUCACUAUGAGCUUCGCCAACUCCUCCAUUAUUAAGGAUCAUCUACUGGUUGACAUAGACCGGCUCAUCCGGCUCAACUUGAAUUCCUGGACCGACCGGGUUUUUCUCAUGGAGGAGGCCAAGAAGAUAACGUUUGAGUUGACGGUAAAGCAGCUGAUGAGCUUUGAUCCUGGUGAAUGGACAGAGACUCUAAGGAAGGAGUACGUUCUCGUGAUUGAAGGAUUUUUCACCCUACCCUUACCCCUGUUCUCUACUACCUACCGCAGAGCCAUCAAGGCAAGAACGAAGGUAGCAGAGGCAUUAACAUUGAUAGUGAGGCAGAGAAGAAAAGAGAGCAUAAUGGGGGAGAAAAAGAAUGAUAUGCUAGGGGCACUGUUGGCGUCCGGCGACCACUUUUCCGACGAGCAAAUAGUGGACUUUAUGUUGGCAUUGCUCGUCGCGGGCUACGAAACCACCUCUACCAUAAUGACUCUCGCCGUCAAGUUCCUCACCGAGACUCCUCUAGCAUUGGCACAGCUCAAGGAAGAGCAUGAUCAAAUCAGAGCAAAGAAGAGUUACCCAGAGGCACCACUGGAGUGGACAGAUUAUAAGUCAAUGGCAUUUACUCAAUGCAUUAUAAAUGAGACUUUAAGGGUGGCAAACAUAAUCGGUGGGAUAUUUAGGAGAGCAAUGACAGACAUCAACAUAAAAGGUUACACUAUUCCUAAGGGAUGGCAAGUUUUUGCAUCAUUUCGUGCUGUACAUCUAAACCCUGAUCAUUUCAAAGACGCCCGCACCUUUAAUCCAUGGAGAUGGCAGGUACAGAGUAACUCAGAAGUAACAAAUCCUGGGAACGUAUAUACACCAUUUGGAGGAGGGCCACGGCUUUGCCCUGGCUAUGAGCUUGCCAGAGUGGUGCUCUCUGUCUUUCUUCACCGCAUUGUCACCGGUUACAGUUGGUUUCCUGCAGAAGAAGAUAAGCUCAUAUUUUUCCCAACCACUAGGACGCAGAAGAGAUAUCCUAUCAUAGUGAAGCGUAGAGAAGAGUCCGGACAAUGUAAAGCGCCAUAAGAGCACAGCACAGAAACGGGGAUUUUUGUCCCAUGGAAAGAAAAAUUAGAAAUUAUUCAUCAGUUUAAUUAUGUUGGCAAAUGAUUUACUAAUCUAAUGCGAAAAGACACAUGCUUUCAUGCGUAAUUUGUGCAAAAAUUAGCACAUGCGUGUCAUGUUUCGUGUUUUGCAAGACAUGUAUCCUCAUAGUUCCUAUUCAUGUCAUGCAU